UAAACUGUGUCCAUCCACUUCCGUCAGCGCUUUGCCCCACUUCCGUUAUAGCGAGAAUGUCCUCCACAGAGAACGCCGCCCCUCCGACAAAAUCUCCGGUCUUCGGUCAGUGCUGGAGUUGCCGAAUUCUUGGCGGUACCGGCUUGAUAGGGUCAGGCGCCUAUGUAUACAGCAUCGCCCGGAGCACUAUGAAAAGAGGCGGCCCCGUAGGAAUGGGAACUGUCGCUCAAAUCUCCUUUGCAAUGGCUCUUUUAGCAUGGGGAGUCACCAUAAUAGUAGAUCCAGUUGGAAAAGCAAAACGGAUAGAUGAGUAAGACAUACAUUUCUGGGUGAAAAGAAAGAAGUUGUGCUUCAGAUAUCACUUGAAUGGAAGAGAACUGGCCAGGAAUGUUGCUAGGUCUGUAGACCUGUGCAUUAUCCAAAAUGCUAAAAGGACUUGAAAAUAAAGUUGCUAAUUUGUUUGCACUUCAUGUGAUUUUUGUAAUAAACAGCCUAUUUUAUGUGUAAUACAAGGGGUGCAAAUAUCCCUGUCUGUGAAAUUGA